GACCCUGAAAUUAGAGAAGGGAACCUUUUUCUGGGUUACAUUGGAUGGGCUGCAAUUGCAAAACACCCAGGAUGGGAGAGUGUCAGAGAGAGACCCUUAGGAUGAGUCUGACCUGGGAGCUGGUGAGACAGGGGAGACUUGAGUGUAUACAGGAAUGAAAGACCUCCCCUAGGACAGAGAUAUCCUCAGCACAAGGGGCAGUGGCUGCCAAUUGUAGAGAGAUGUAUCCAGGAAUAGGGGGCAGGAUUUGGGAUGAGAGUGCUUGGAAGACAGAGGAAGAACAGCAGGAAGGAAUCAAUACCCCUGACCUCAGAGACCAGCCUGGGACCAUUAUGCAGAGAAAACAUCUGACCCGGUGCAAGACGUAAGAAAAUGACAGAACCUCAUUAAGACGGAGCCUACGUGGGAGAUGACUAACACGAGUGGCCGCACUGCUGCUCUUAUACUGAUCUUCGCUCUCGUCACCUUCCUCAUCAUCCUGAGUUCCAAUAACAACGAGGAACCUUUCAACUACAGGGAACUGAAGAUCAAGCACAACAACCCCCCCAAUAUUAGGAAAUGGGGACUGCAAGACGGGUAUAUAUCUGUAGCUGGAAACAAGACGCUUCACGCCAAGUGCAACAGCUGCGUCCUUGUCACCAGUUCCAGCCACCUGCUUAAUACCGGCCUGGGCUCCAAGAUUGAUCAGUCACAAUGCACCAUCCGCAUGAAUGAUGCUCCCACCACGGGCUACGAAAAAGAUGUGGGUAAUAAGACAACAUUCAGAGUGGUCGCACACUCAAGCGUGUACCGGGUUCUGAGGCGGCCCCAAGAGUUCCUGAGUCGGGCGCCAGGACAGACCCUCAUAUUCUGGGGGCCUCCAGUCAAGAUGCAGCAAAACAGCAAAACUAACCUGUACCACAUCAUCCAGCGAGCCAGCUCAGCCUUCCCCAACGUGUCGGCUUUCAUUUUGUCACCUCGGAACAUGGGCCGAUUCGAUGAGCUGUUCCGGGCAGAGACUGGACGAGACCGGGAGAAGUCUCAUUCGUGGCUUAGCACAGGAUGGUUUACCAUGGUAAUUGCAGUGGAGCUGUGUAAUAACGUCCAUGUUUAUGGGAUGGUGCCUCCUAACUAUUGCAGUAAGCGACAGCACAAGAUGGCGUAUCAUUAUUAUGAGCCAAGGGGUUCAGACGAGUGCACCACUUACAUUCAGAAUGAGCGUGGACGAAGAGGCCACCACCAUCGCUUCAUCACAGAAAAACUGGUGUUUGCCCGUUGGGCAUCUGUAUAUAACAUCUCCUUCUCACACCCAGAGUGGUUCAAAGAUCCAGACAACGACUCAUACUAAAUAGUGGUGUAUAUCUUUGGUAGCCCCGCUUACACAUUCACUGGUUUCCCCGGUAUGGAGUUGAGUGCUCUACAGCAUGAGAUGAAGCUAGGUCUACAGGUUAAGCAGGACAUCAUGGGCCAUCAAUGAGGAUGUCCGGAUGUUGUACUUGGUCAUUUCUGUAGAGCCGCUGCUGGCAGAACCAUACAGCUGUGCAGCAGAGGGUUCUGGGAGAUUGUAUAUGUCUUGUAUUACACUGCCACUGAUGGUAGAUGUACCAGUGUAAUUAUUCUCUCAAUCGUCUUGGGAAAACUUGUGUAGAAAUGAACAGCUCAGUGGCAUGAUCUGUUUUGUCAAAACGUACGCCACCGUAUAAUUUGAUUGGAGAAGAAUAAAACCAGUGUAGGUGGUACGUAUGGUAUUGGGCGCCAAAAUAUUGAAAGCUAAAUAAUCAGUCUUCAAACUAGUUCUUUGUCCCUCACAUUUUGUUCGUAGUCACCUUUACCUUGCUAUUGAAGUUCUAAGCCUGCUGAGAUUCUUAAUGGUUCGGUGAGAGCCCAAUUAAUAUUGGUUGGGUACAUAUCACCGUUCAGGAGGGGUGUUGGUGACCACAGAGAUUGGGGGGACUUUGGGAGGCCAAGCUACCUAUCUUUGUGAGGCGGAGAUAAAAGUGAUUGGAUAGGACUGUCAUAACAGAUGAUGCAUGGAAUCUCAGACAGUAUGGACGACACCAUAUAUAAAAUGAGGUUUAAAUAUUUAGUGCAAAAUUAAGGAUCACAGAUCUCGGUCCUCAUUCAUGAAGUAAUCUAUUCUUGGCCCAAAUGUUCUAUGGAUCUUCAUAUUCGGUGUCUGUGGUUAAGUCAUUUGGGGCCUCCAGGCUGUGUGGAUUAUGUUCCUAUAGCAGCUGUUAUUUAUACCAUUGCCACAUGGAACAUGUCUUGAUCAUGUGAUCUGGACACCAUUUUGCUAUUAGGAGCUAUAGAGAAUAGCUGCUGGGAGAGUUGAAACCAAACGACUUCAGUAAGUGAAGUUCCACAUGACAGAAAUGACUGCUAUUGACAGUCUUUGGUGACUCUUUAGCUUCAUGUUUUUCCCAGUGUCAGGAUUUAGCACAAUUCCUAUUAGCGCCAAACAUUAUUACCUGCGUUUCGGUGAAUAGAGGAAAGAAUGGACAAAGAAAGCUCAGGUGUCCUCCAUUUUUCCUCCCUUCAUAAGCUUGGAAGACUGGUAAAUGAUAUGACACACACACACCCGUCUGUAUAUUUUUAUUUCUGUACCACCUGCACAUUCAAAGUUAUUAAUAUUUUAUACAAAUGAACCAGACAGGUUAAAUAACAGGAAAAUACAGGUCAGUGGAUGCUACAUACCAAAGUGGGGCUAGUAUGUGUGUGACAUUGACAGUGGCUACACAGAAGUCUGAGAGCUGGCGGGUAACUAUCUGGGUGGAUGCGUUAUAACAUCUGAUCUCCUAUUACGCUUUGCCAGCCACUUACAACAGCUGCAGCGCUCUAAGUUGCCCAUACCUGGUGAGGCCAUAUAUAAUAAAUUAUAUUGAUUGUUAAAAUAGGCAGUCAUAAAUAUGUUUAUUUUACAAGACAUGUAGGCAGCCAGGCCCUGAUCUUUUGAAUAUUAUUUAUUAAUCUGCUGUUGCCAUGAUGGGCAUUUUGGUUUAGUCUGUGCCCACACAGGGGCUUUGUGACCCGUUUGCCUGUGCGUGACAUUUUGUGGAGGCGGGGCUGACACUUCCACUAGGCAAAGUAAAGCAGGCGCCAAGUGUUUUGGGGGAAUGUUCAGUGUUUUUAAUUUCAAUGCGGUGCCCCACAUUAUGCAGCAUCUUACCUGUGAAGCUGCUGACUGCUUCUCUCCCAUGCCAGUGAUGGGCUGGGAGUCUGCCACUAGGCUAUGAUGUCAAACCAUGGAGAGAGAUAAAGUACAAGCCAAUCAGCACCCUACAGGUACAGGCUGUGUUUAAAAAAAAAAUAACAGGAGCUGAUUGGUUGGUAGUUUAUCUCUCUCACUUUGGGGUCUUUUUACUAAGCCUUGGAUGGAGAUAAAGUACCAGCCAAUCAGAUCCUAACUGCCAUGUCACAGACUGGUUUUGAAAAAUGACAGUUAGAAGCUGAUUGGCUGGUACUUUAUCUCCGUCCACUUUAUCUCCAUCCAAGCCUUAGUACAUAAACCCCUAUAUCACUAUCCAAGGCUUAGUACUUUCCUCCCUCUGCCUCAUAAUCUGAUGCUGCCCACAUUCCCCCUCCACACAAUAUAAGAAGCUGGCAGAGCUCUGAGGGAGGACAUUCAAGUGUGGGUGUAAGUGCCAAAUUUCAGCCGUGCUUUCUGAACACUGCCCGCAGAAUCUAUUGAGUGUGCCAGCAUUAGUUUUGCUAGGACCUCACAGUGAUUUUCUUCUGUCAUGCCACAAAUAGACCUUUGGGUAACCUUUCAUAACCCAGCUAUGGGCCUGAUUCUGAGUUGGUAGUAACACAAACACAAGUAACUGUGUACCUGGACAAACCAUGCUGCACUGCAAGGUGUGCAAAUACAUUUAUUAAUUGUGCAUGCAGGGUAAAUACUGGCUGCUGUUGCAUGCAGCCCAUAAAUUCUGGUUAGGCUGCAAUUUAGAUUUGAGUUUGGACACGCCCCUCUCACAUAUAAAUCUCUGCACAUCUUACAUCUGCCCCACCUGCAGUGCAGCAUGGUUUUGCUUGCUUUUUUUGCUUUAUUCCCACCACAGAAGCAGGCCCUGUAUGUCAUCUACCUAAGGGCAAGGUCACACUGGAAUUUUGGAAUGCUGAGAUCCUCCUGUCAGGAAACUGCAGUGUUCUGCACUUUGUGGGUCUAAUACAGACUGUGGCACUUACAGUACAUGCCUGCACCUAGAUGGGCAGAACGGGGCAGGAUGGUAGGAUGUAGGCCAGGAACAGUAAGGGCGGUGGGACUAGCAAACUGCUUGUGAUUGUUUUGCGAACAUUUCCCUGACACUGAUUGGUGCUCUCUCUCAUACACUAAUUAUGUUUAAAAGAUCUAGACAGGGAGUUGCAUCAGGUUUUUAAAGUUUAAUUGGUGCCUAAUAUCAAAUGUGUUUGUUGCUCAUUAAGGGGUUUAUUCAAUUGUAGUCGGAAACUGCCGUCUUGUCGGAAAGACGUCAGUUUCCGACUUUUUUAGGUUGGAAGGGGUUAUUAUUAUUUCCAGUUAUUUUUAUAGCACACACAUAUUCUGCAGCGCUUUACAGAGAAUAUUUGUCCAUUCACAUCAGUCCCUGCCCCAGUGGAGCUUACACUCUAUAUUCCCUAUCACAUGUACACACAGAAACAUUCGCGCUAGGGAUAAUUUAGUUGGGAGCCAAUUAACCCACCAGUAUAUUUUUGGAUUGUGGAAGGAAACCGGAGUACCCGGAGGAAACCCACGCAAGUACGGGGAGAAUAUACAAACACACAGGUAGAGCUAUGGUGGGAAUGGAACCCAUGACCUCAGUGCUGUGAGGCAGUAAUGCUAAUUAUUACACCAUACAUACUGCCCAGACCUAUUCAAUGGUACCCUAAUUUUUCCAACAAAUCGGGAAUUUCGACUUGUCAAAAAGCAUGUGGAUCGGUGGAAUAGCCGCCGACCUGCGUGCAUUUGUCGGAAACUCAACAGUUUUUAGCCCCAUUUACGACAAUGUCAUUCCGGAAUGACAUUGUCGAGAACGGCCAAAUCCUGUCAGAUUUGUCCGUUCAUUGAAUAGUGCUUUGUCGGAUCCUUUCCAAUAAUGCUUGUCGGAAAGGAUCCGACUUGAAUAUACCUGUAUAUGGUUUACAUGCAAUUGGCACGUAAGUGUAAUGUGUGCCUAGCGUAUUGUACUGCUGUCGAUCCAAACACAUCUUGAGCGCCACAUAAUGGCGUGAUACUCAAUUUUUGUGUGCACUUGUGUUUAGAGCAAUUGACGCCCGUUUUGCAAACCAGUCUGCAUCACCCCCCAGUAAGUGUAACAGUAAAGUAAAAGGGGAAUUCUGUUCCUGUUUUGCAAGCAGCGUUUUGCCAGUAUAAAUUUGGUGUGAUGGGGAGCAGCAUUCUCCAUUCACUUUACUAUUAUUUGGACUGAGCAAUCUCCAAGUCAAGGUGUUCCCAUGUGACCUUGACCUAUAGCAGAUACAGUAUACACUUACACUCUCAUCCAUCCCCCGAACCAUCAGACAUGACAUCUUCCACUUGGUACACAAAUACCAUACUCCUGAACUUUCCACUUCAGGUACUACAUGGGAAGCAAAGCAUUCUGCACCUAGUGAAGAUGGACAUGUUGGAGGGUCUGUCCUCAAAUCAAAAUGGAACAAUGGAGCCCGCAGAUGGCUGCAUACCAGUCAUUCAUAGGAUGCCAAACCAGCAAUUACAGUAUCUGUAGCUGCUGCUAAUUUCUUCUCUAGCAUGUAAACAGCUCCCCCAGUACAUUUGCUUUAAUUCAUCUGUCCAGGGCUGGAUUUACAAUAAAAGUUCCCUUACAGGGAGCUAAGUGGGAACCUUGGACCACUACCCUCAGCCAGCGGGGUUAAUGUUAUAUUUUAUUUAAUGAUACAAUAACAAUGUUAGACAGCGCUAUCAUCAGUGUAAUUCAUUAAUAGAAGGAUGGCAUUGCAAUUAGGACUGUCAAGAUAAAGUGUGGGCCUAGGAAUCCACAUGCUUAAUUAUAAAUCCAGUCCUGCCUUACUUUACAUGACUAAUUAUGACUUGUACUUUAAGGCAUGAUACACAAAAGCAUCUUUGGUGAUGUCACGUGCCUAGUUUACAUGGGGGCACCUAGAUUUCUACCAAAGUGUCUUGGUUUGCAAAACAAGAUGGCGCAAUAUGCAGAGCAGCAGAUAUUUGCACUGGUGGAGUUGGUUGAAGGGUCGGCAUGUUUUGCGGAGAGCAGUACAAACACAGUAUUUAAUUAAGAUAAGAUAAAGGAGGGGGCACAUUUUUAGGGGCUUGUGGUAUAGCAUGCACCCAUUUGAGAAAAUAUAAAAUUUUUGCACCAACCCAGAUCUGCCCCAGAUAGUGUCUGGGCCUUUAUGUAAAUGUAUUUCAAACUUUAAGCUCAGAAGGGAGCCACACAUAGGCCCAAAUGGGAUGUAGUUAUGUGUCCGGCGGUCAGGAGACCGCCAGUCACAAUACCGACGGCUACAUUUCGCCCCCUCUAAAUCCCGACAGUCGGCAUGCCAACUAACAGGGACUAUUUUCACUCGUGGGUGUCCACGACACCCAUAGAGUGCGUAUAGAACCUGUGGCGAGCACAGCGAGCCCGCAAGUGGCUUUGUUGUGCUCGGCUCCACCGCCGGCAUUCUACUCCCCGGGAUCCCGGCGUCGGUAUGGUGACCGACGGGAUCCCAAGCGCCGGUCACCCAUACCCAAGCCGGCCCAAAUGUAUUAAGCCUUAGCAAGAGAUAAAGUGGAGCCGGCUAAAGAGUGCUAAAUGACCAGCCAAUCAGCUCUAUCAUUUUUCAAACACAUCCUGUAACAUGGCAGUUAGGCGCUGAUUGGCUGGUACUUUAUCUCUCUUUUUCUGUCUCCACUUCAUCUCUUGUUAAGGCUUAAUACAUUUGGGCCAUAAUUAGAAACAAGUUGUAUUAAAAAGGAGCGGGGGCAUUUUUAUUUAAUGAUAGGGGUUUUUCUAAAGUAGUAAGAAGUUGUAAUUAUACAUAACGUUUACACUGUACAGCAGUGAACCUUGACAUUUGUCCACCUCCUGACAAACUCAAGGGCACGUCUAGUUAGAGUAGCCAUCUCCAGGUCCUGAGUACUGAGCCUUGAAGUGUGGGUUGCCCAGCCACCUAGGAGCACCAAUGCAAAACCAAAGUAAAUCUGAUGGGGGAUUUUUAUAGUAUUAUUUGGGGGGUAAUUCAGACCUGACUGCUGUUGUGCGAAUUCGCAAGGUGGGAGAUUAUCAAACGUCUGCGCAUCCGUACGGAUCGUAAUGCGCAUGUGCGAGGCCAAACUGCGAAAGUAAUCAGCGGUUUUUUUUAUCGCUAGGCGAACGUAGGUUGAUUGACAGGAAGCGGACAUUUGGGUGUGGUAACUGCCCAUUUCCUGAGAGUGUCAGGAAUAACGCAAGCGUUCAGAGGUGGUCAUUCCGAGUUGUUCGCUCACUAGCUGCUUUUAGCAGCAUUGCACACGCUAGGUCGCCGCCCUCUGGGAGUGUAUCUUAGCUUAGCAGAAGUGCGAACGAAAGGUUAGCAGUUCUGCUACUAAAUAAUUCCUUGCAGUUUCUGAGUAGCUCCAGACCUACUCCUAGAUUGCGAUCAGCUCAGUCUGUUUAGUUCCUGGUUUGACGUCACAAACACGCCCUGCGUUCGGCCAGCCACUCCCCCGUUUCUCCAGCCACUCCUGCGUUUUAGACUGACACACCUGCGAUUUUUAGCACUCUCUGAAAACGGCCAGUUUCCGCCCAGAAACACCCACUUCCUGUCAUUCACACUACGAUCACUCGAGCGAUGAAAAAACGUCGCUCGAGCUUGUGCAAAUCUCCAAAGUUUUGUGUUAAAGUACUGAACGCAUGCGCGCUGCGUACCAUGCGCAUGCGCAUUUUCCACUUAAUCACUCCAUUGCGAAAAACGGCAACGAGCGAACAACUCGGAAUGACCACCAGUGUUAUGCAAUGUGCCUAUAUUGAGGCAAAUGUGUUUUAGGCAGCAGGUUGUACAGGUCACCAAAUUAUAUUAAAUGAACUACAACAAUGCUUAUUUUCUUGAUGUAACACCGCUGGCACUGCUGUUAGUGUUUUCAUUGCUAUAUGUUUACAGAAUUGAAAUAAUCAUGUUGUAACUGCUUGUAAUGGUAAUGCGUUACCUUGAGCCAGCUUAAAAUAAAAAAAUGAGGCAAGAUUGUGCCUAAAAUGAGGCAGCAUGAGGGCGAUGUCUUAAGCAGCAGGGUUUUUUUUUUUUAAAC